ACCAGAACGCACAUCACCGUACCUACUACAAUGGCAUACAAAUUCAUCGCAUUCGCUUCUCUCCUGGCCUGCGCCAAUGCCGGAGUCAUCGGCGCACCCGCCGCAGUAGCGACAUACUCCGCCGCCCCAGCAGUAAGCAGUUCCUACUUCCACCAAGCCACCGCUCCAGUAGCCAUAACCAAAGCCGUGGCACCAGUCGUAUCAAGUUACGCCGCCCCUGUAGGCUAUGCUGCCCAUGCUGCACCUUUAAGUUACGCUCACGCUGCCCCCGUUGUCUCCUCUUACUCUGCCCCUGUAGUCACCAAGUCCUACGCCGCUCCUGUAGUAUCUAGCUACUCUAGCCCGGUAGUCACCUCCUACUCGAGCCCUGUAAUCGCGAAGUCCUACGGCGCUCCUGUGGUAUCUAGCUACUCCAGCCCUGUAGUCACCUCAUACUCAAGCCCUGUAAUCGCCAAGUCCUACGGCGCUCCUGUGGUAUCUAGCUACUCCAGCCCUGUAGUCACCUCAUACUCAAGCCCUGUAAUCGCCAAGUCCUACGGCGCUCCAGUGGUGUCUAGCUACACCGCGCAUGCUCCACUCGUUUCUUCCUACGCCUCCCCUUAUGUGACCAAGGCCGUCGCCCCCGUGGCUACCUAUGCCGCUCACGCCGCCCCCGUUGUCUCAGCCUACUCUUCCCCUGUAGUGGCUGCUCAUAGUGGUCCAGUCGUAGCUCAUGCUUCCUUCUCUGGACUUGGAGCCUCUUACCAGUGGUAAAUGUUGAUGUGAUGUGUUAUUUAUUGAUUAUUUAU